AUCUGGUGUGCGUACUUUUACCGCAACUUAGAUUUCCUGAAAAAGCAUUGAAAUGAAAGAUUAUGGUCACAAGGUAGCACCACAUUGGAGUUUGGAACCCUGAUUCAAGUUGGGAGAAUUUAUGCCAUUACAACUACAAAGGCAGUCAGUUUAACUACACAUAGCUGCAACAAUGUCCUGAUGUUGGAAUUAUUUGUUGACUUUAUUGAUCUGUUAAGAAUUCAAUGGACAGCUUCAAUCUUAACCAAAGUACACAAGAAAACUUGAACAUGUUUUGACAAUUGCCAUAUAUUACAACGGCUUAAUAACACCAAUGUACAUUGGUACUUAUGUACCCAGGCCAAAUGUUGAAUAGUAUGCGGAUUUUUACGUGUGGAUAACUAAGGAUCGGAAUAUUAUUGGAGUAAAGAGAAAAAUAUCUGAAAUAUAUCGAAGAUGGGAAACUUAAAUGGAAGAGUAAAUAUAGACUGGGUUCCACCCUGGAGAAACACAGUAGAAAACAAACAGCAAUUUAGAAUUGUUGAAGCGAACCAUGUCUCAGACACAGCUGUCCAUCCUACGAACCAGCCAUAUUUAUCCAAUCAAAUAAGGACUGCUAAAUAUACAAUUCUGAAUUUCAUACCAAAGAAUCUUUUUGAACAAUUCCACAGAUUUGCAAAUAUUUAUUUUUUAUUUGUGAUCUGCUUAAACUUUGUACCUCAGGUAGGAGCAUUUGGCAAGUUCCUUGCUCCUAUUCCUCUAGUUGGCGUGCUGGCUGUGACGGCAAUCAAGGACGGCUUUGAGAACUAUAGAAGAUACAAAUCAGACCAGGAGGUCAACAACCAGACAUGCAGGGUCUUCUCAAAAGAAGAAAACAAAUAUGUCAAGAGAAGAUGGAAAGACAUAAGAGUUGGUGAUCUGGUUCAUUUAUCCUGUAAUGAGGUCAUACCCGCAGACAUCUUGAUUUUGCGAUCCAAGGAGGAUUAUGGGAUAUGUAAAACUGAGACAGCAAAUUUGGACGGAGAGACGAAUCUAAAACAGCGACAAUCUGUCAGAGGCUUGAAUGAUGUUGAGAGAGUAGGUCCUGUACAGUUCACUCACAGGGUACAAUGUGAAUUACCAAAUGCUGAAAUCUACAAGUUCCAUGGCUCAAUUGUUCCGGAUGGGGCUGAAAAAAUACCUUUAACUAAAGAUAACAUCCUUAUUAGGGGAUGUACACUUCGCAACACAGAUUUUGUGGAGGGCUUAGUUUUAUAUGCAGGCCAUGACACAAAGGCAAUGUUAAACAACACAGGGCCUCGCUACAAAUGCAGCAAGCUGGAGAGGUUCAUGAAUCGAUCUGUCAUCUGGUGUGUAAUCCUGCUGGCAUUGUUGUGUAUAGGGGGAGCCAUAGGAAGCAGUGUAUGGCAGGGUCACUUCCCCCAGACUAUCAGAGAGCAGGGCAGGGUGCUGUUUAUUCCUAGUGGUCCUUCUCCCCAGGCCCAAGGCUUCAUUGUCUUCUGGACCUACAUCAUCAUUCUACAGGUACUGAUCCCCCUCAGUCUCUAUGUAUCCCUUGAAUUGGUGAAGUUGGGCCAGAUCUUCUUUCUCUAUGAAGAUAUUCAUCUCUAUCAUGCUGAGACCAACAAACGUUUGGAGCCCAGAGCUUUAAACAUAACUGAAGAUCUCGGACAGGUUGAGGUGAUACUCUCAGACAAGACAGGCACUCUCACUGAAAACAAGAUGGAGUUCAAGAAAUGCUCGAUAGGUGGAGUUAGCUAUGAGGCUCCACCUGCAGAAAUUGGUAUUACGCCUCUGAGCGGGGAAUCAUCCAGAGCCAAUAGCACUGUUAGUGCUUCAGAAAGUAGUGCCUCUUUCAAGCGUUCCAGCAAACAUGAUGUAAAUGAAGACCUAAUGGACCACAUCACAAAUCUUUCACUAGAGAGUUUGGAGUCACAAGACCAUACAUGCCCUGAGCUAUACAAGAUACACCAUUUUGCGUUUCUUUUAGCGAUAUGUAAUACUGUGGUUGUUUCUAGUCAUCCACAUUAUGAUAAGAUGAAUGCAAGUGGGUUGAUUGUUGAUGAUGCAACAUCUCUACAUAAAGAUUCUCUCAUUGAAAACACUAUGAAGAACAGUACAACGAAGGAGCACAAUACAACAAAUGACCAAAGUCAACCACAAUUACUACGUUUCUCUAAAUUCAUAAACUCUCCAAAGCUAAAGCGUAAACAAAUCCAUGACACGCCCCAUGCCAGUAGUCAGUGUUACGAGACAGUGGAUCCUAUGUCGCUAGGUGAUAACAGGCCCAGUAGAAAUACACAACAACAUGACACAGAAUGUGCUUCUGAGUCAGGGAACUCUUCGAGUGUUGAGGUGGAUAAGUUACUGUAUGAAUCCGAAAGUCCGGAUGAGUUGGCAUUGGUGCAGGUCGCUAGUCAGUAUGGUGUCAGUCUUCUUAAAAGGAGUAUUGAUAUGGUGCAUGUUGCAUUCCCUAAUGGGGAUGACUGUCAACUUGAAAUCCUUGAUGUUUUGCCAUUUGACUCAGUGCGGAAAUGCAUGUCAGUCAUAUUCAAACAUCCUAUCUCAGGGGACAUCAUUCUUUACUGUAAAGGUGCUGACUCCAUAAUAAUGCAUAGGUUAGCACAGCCACCAAAGGAGGAUCUAGAAACUGCUCAAUUGACUGAACUUAAGAUCUCAGAAUCAUCAAAGGAUAACACUUCAGAAAAUGGAAAUUUAGAAACUAACCACAGAUUAAUGAUCUCAAGGAGUGAGGAGCAUAUCCAUGACUAUGCUAAUUUAGGACUAAGAACUCUUUGCAUGGCAAUGAAAAUAAUACCAUAUAAUCAAUAUAAAAGUUGGCACCAGAGGUACCAAGAUGCUGUCCAUAGUUUUGAAGACCGUGAGCACAAAGUUCUUGCAUGCUACAAUGAAAUUGAGCAGGGCCUUAAUUUUCUAGGUGCAACUGCUAUAGAAGAUAAGCUACAAGAAGGGGUGGAGGAGACUGUCAGAAACCUACAGAAUGCUGGCAUCUCUAUAUGGGUACUAACAGGAGACAAACAGGAGACUGCUAUCAAUGUGGCUCAUUCAUGUAAAUUGAUCACACCUGAUCACUCUGUCCUUGUGCUGAAUGCAGCUGACAGGGAUGAGGCUAGUGACCUCAUACACCAGACACUGGACCAGUUCAAAUACACCAACACAGAAAAUGGAAUUGAUAAUUGUGUAUUUUACCUCAACGAAGCUAGUAAUGCAAAGAAAGGAUCAGAGAAGGCUAUCAGUGGUCCAAGUACUGCAGGGAAGUAUUCGAGUACCUCUCAAACAUCUAGUCAGGGGAUUAGGACUUCCUCCAAAGGGAACAUGUCAAGACAAUCAUUCAAUCCUAUCAGCUCAGAUCAGCUUUCAAAUGGAAUUAUCAAUCCUGUAUUUUCACCUGAAGAGGGACUUCAUACAUCACAGAAUGGACCUAGUUUUUUGACAUCAACUGAAGAAGUUGGAAACAGUAGUAUGAAUGGAGAAACACCAUUGUCAGCAUUGCGCUUGACAAAUGAAAGACACAAUGUUGAUGAAAGAAACGUUAAUGGGAAGAGCAAUGGAAUUACAAGUAAUGGAAUUGUGAGUCAUGGAAUAAAUGGAUUAAAUGGAAGCCAUAUAGAAUUGAAUGUCAGUGAGUCUGUUGACCAAUCUAAGACAGGGUGCUGCCCAACUGGAAAGCAUAAAUCAAAAACAAUUAAACACAAUACUGAAUCUUUAAAUACACAUUCCAAUGGUUGUCAACAUGGACCAAACAAAGAUUCCACCUCAUUUUACCAUGGAGAUGGGACAAAUCAGGUUGCUAUGGUGAUAGAUGGUAAAACAUUGCAGUAUGCUCUUGAGGGAUCAAUUCAGAAGUCAUUUUUGGAUCUAACACAAAGGUGCUCAACAAUUAUAUGUUGUAGGACCACACCUGCUCAAAAGGGAGAAAUUGUGAAAUUAGUGAGGUUCAAGCAAAAGAAACAUUGCUUAGCUAUAGGAGAUGGUGCCAAUGAUGUGAAUAUGAUACAGACUGCUGACAUUGGAAUAGGUAUCUCAGGGCAGGAAGGAAUGCAAGCUGUGAUGGCAUCAGACUUCUCCCUUGCUCAGUUUCGUUUUAUUGAGAGGUUACUUCUGGUUCAUGGCCAUUGGUCCUAUGACAGACUUGCACUAACAGCUCUGCACAUGUUUUACAAGAAUGCUGUGCUGAUAUUCACCAUAUAUUGGUACCAGUUCUUCAAUGGGUUCACAGGGUCAACUAUGAUGGACCAAGUCUACCUGCUUAUCUAUAACCUGAUCUUCACAGGCCUACCUCCCAUCAUAUAUGGUAUCUUCAACACUACAGUGCCAGACCACAUUCUCAUGGCACAACCAGCCUUAUACAAGCAUGGGGCCAAGAGUCUGGUGCCAGGUUCAGGGUACAGUCUUGACAAGGGCUUCUUCUUUAGCAUUGCUGAGGCUUUCUACCACAGUAUUUUCUUGUUCUUCAUACCGUAUGCUGCAUAUGCUGGGAGUGAUGUUGGAAUCUGGGAGUUUGGAACUACUGUUACCGUAGUAACUGUUAUUGUUCCCAUCCUGAAUCUUGGUUUACAGACAACCACAUGGAAUGUUUUUACAACUGGGGCUUAUCUAUCAAGUAUUGCAGCAAUGUAUGUGACGUUGAUAACCUUCAGUAUAGGGACUGUCACCACUAACCCUCCAUCCAAUCCCUACUGGGUUAUGAUGCGCUGUGUCACGUCACCCUUGCAUUGGUUCACUAUUCUACUAGUCAUACCUGUCUGUCUCUUGCCAAGGUAUGGGUGCCAAGCACUGUUAACAACAUUGAAGAAUAUGAAUCUAACACCCAGGACCAUUGUCCAAUCCACCGUGGAGUCAAUUAGAGACCGCAUCAAGACUAAACCACAUGUAUAUGUAAAUCAUUCUAAUGAUGAGAGUAUGCAAGAUCAAGUCACUGGAGCAUUAUAAGGCAUUAUGGUCAUCAGAGUCAGUGCGACUGUUUAAAAAACAAAAAACUUCCAAAUUGCUACAUUAGAUAGAUCCACAGUGGUGCAUUAGAGUUGUCAGUAUUGUGCACCACAGUGGUGCAUGUCGUGACCCACAAUGGUACAUUAAUGUGAUCCAAACUCCACAGUGGUGCAUAAGAAUGGCUCAUGUACUGCCAAAAAUCCAUUAAUUUUAAGAGGAAGACAUUCAGUUCUACAGUUUAUUCCAAAGAUUUACUACCGUAAUUUAAUAAUAAAUAGUACCAUGGGUACUUGGCUCACAUGGUGUUGCUGAUUUCUACUAUUUACAGUGGCAUGGGUUUUACAAUGCAGGAUCAACUAUCAACAGAGAUGUUUAAAUGUGGCAUUAUUGGUGACAAAUGG